AUGGCACCGCACUCACCGGAGGCAGCAGAUAGCAGCAGUCUCGCUGCGGCAGCUCCUGCUGCUGCUGCAGCAGCCCUUGCAGCAGCUGCAGCAGCAGAGUCAGAGGCCGAAGCAGCUGCUGCUGCUGAGGUGCAUCUCCCUUUGCUGCCGUCCGAGCCAGCGCCAGUUUUGGCCCGCAGCAGCGACAGCAGCAGCACCAGCACCAGCAGCAGCAGCAGCAGCGGAUCGCAGUUCGGGCCUCCAUUGGAGCAGCAGCAGCAGCUGGAGCAGCAGCUGCAGCAGCAAGGGUCAUCGUCCGCACCAUUCCCCCACAAGCACCAGCAGACCACCGUGAAACAACAAAAGCAGCAGCAGCAGCAGCAGCAGCUGCAGCAAAAGCAACAACAACAGCAACCGCAACAGCAACAGCAGCAGCAGCACCAACAGCACCAGCAACAAGACCCGAAGCAACAGCGCAAGGGGCAGCCAGUAGUUUCACUCCCCCAGACGCACGAUAGCCAAGCUGCUGCUGCUGAUGUUGCUGCUGCUGCUGCUCCCGUAGUGUCUGCUGCAGACGCCGCCGCAGAAGCUGCUAUAGCCGGCAUUGCUGUUGCAGCAGCAGCAGCAGCAGCAGCCGGAACGAGCAGUGGGGUAAUGCCGAAGAAGGAGAAAGACCGCACCAACAGGAAGAACCGAUCACAGCAGCAACAGCAGCAGCAGCAGCAACAGCAGCAGCAACAACUGAAGCAGCCGGCGACCGUCGGCUCUCUGCAGCUGCUGCAGCAAAGAAGCGAUUCAAAGGGGCAGCAGCAGCUUCUCAGCAAGAGCCUCCCGACUGUGCCUGUGUCUGCUGUCUGCAGCAGCAGCAGCACGAGCAGCAACAAUGGUGGUCAGCAGCAGGAAGCACUUGGUGAUGGCGCUUUUGCCACUUCUGCAGCAGUAGCAGCAGCAGCAGUCAAUUCUGCUGCUGCUGCUGCUGCUUCGGCGAAGAACAGUGCCGUCAGCUGCCUUCCACGUAAUGUCGGGAAAGGUGGCGAGCAGAAGCAGCAGCAGCAGCAGCAGCAGGCGGGGUCCUCUGUCGCUCUGCCCCAAGAUGGCCAGCAGCAGCAGCAGCAGCAGCGGCGGCGAGGGGGCCGCGUGUUUGUGGGGAACAUUCCCCCGAAUGUGACGCAGCACACGCUGCUGACAGCAGCAGCAGCAGCAGCAACAGCAGCAGCAGUAGUCCACAUAGAUUACGAGCCCAAGCGCGGCAUGUGGGGCAGUGCUUCUAUAGACUAUGACUCAGCAGAAGCAGCAGACAAAGCAGCAGUGUACUUCCACGGCAGGAGGCUCUUUUCGGGCUCGCCUGCCCACGCCUUAGUGGCUUGCCGAGACGCCGCAGAUUAUCCUUUAACGAGGUUGCCUUUGACUCGCAUGGAAGUCUUCUGCAUUAAUGGCGAGCUGCCAGCUCUCGACAGCAUCAGCAGCAGCAGCAGCAAGGUUGGCGGGAGUAGCAGCGGCGGCACCGUCGCGCCUGGCGCUCCUAGUGGCGCUGCUGCAGCGGCGGAGGCGGAGAGAAGCAAGACCAGCAGCAGCAGCAGCAGCGACAGCUGCAGCGCUGGGUCGCCUCAUUUGUCGCUGCAGCAGGAACUGCAGCAGCGCCUGCUGCAGAUGCCGCGGCAGCGGAAGCAGCACCAGCUGCUGCAGCACCAGCGCGUGCUGCGCACUCUCUCCAGAGCUGGCCACACGGAGGGACUUGUCAUUUUAAAAAAUGGAUUUCAUAUUAUUGAUGCUCUUGCAGUUGCAGAACAAACAAAAAAGACUUCUUUUGUUCUCCUCAAAGACGGACCCCCAGGGGCGAACUUGUUCUUAUACGGAAUCCCCACGGGCUGGCGUGAGCUGGAGCUGAUGAAGCUGGUGGGCCCCUUUGGCCACGUCGUAGGCAUUCGAGUGCCUUGCGGCGCGUCUGACAAGAACGCUGCUGCUGCUGCUGCUGCUGCUGCUGCUGCGGGCGCAGCAGCAGCAGCCGUAGCCAGCAGCAGCAGCAGCAGCAGCAGCAGCGCCGCCAGGGCCGCCAGGGGGCAGCUGGUGGCCUGCUCCGAAAGCCCCCUGCUGGCCCAGGCCUGCCUCUACGGCCGCGGUUAUGCCUUUGCUUCCUUUGAUGACAGAGAAGCAGCUUUUGCUGCUUACAGGGCUUUGUCUGAGAGAUGCAUAGCAGGCAAGAAGCUGCGCAUUCAGCUGAAGAAUGGGGACGAGAAGUUGCUUCCCCCAGCUCUGCAGGAAAUGGUGGUGCGUCCGCCUUCUGCUGCAGCAGCAGCAGCCGCAGCAGCAGAUGCUGCUGCGGCCGUCAAGGCCGCCAGCGAGGCCAGCAGCAGCGGCAAUGCAGCAGCAGCGCAUAACGUAUAUGCAGCAGCAGCUGCUGCAGUCGGCAGGCAGGAGGCGCUCCGUGAGCAGUCCUGGGGACAAGCACAGGUACCGGCUGCUACAGCUGCUGCGGCUGCGCUUGCUGCUGCCGCCAGAGACCCAUCGCUAGCACUUAUGAUGCUGCAGCAGCAGCUGCAGCAGCACCAGCUGAGACAACAGCAGCAGGUGCACGCCCCGCGGCAGCACCCGCUGCUGCAGCAACAGGGCAACGCUUCCGAUGCUGCAGUGGCAGCUGCUGCAGCCACAGCUGCUCAGUUUUACUCCCAUGUCUCAGACACUUGGGCCUUCGCCUCCAUGGAAGACUUGCAGCAGCAGCAGGAGAGGCAGCAGCAGCGGCAGCAGCUCGAGCCCGUGAGCCGCUCCGCCGCCAGCCUCAGUAGCACUGUGCCUGUGGCAGCUUCGGGCGUGCUGUCGUCUGUUUCGUCUUCAGUACACUCGGGCGCUCUUUCUGCGGAGUUGCUGCUGCAGCAGCAGGGUCAGCAGCUGCAGCAGCAGGAACAGCAUUCACAGGACAAGCUCUUGCUGCGGGCGCACCACCAGGACUUGUUGCUUCAGGGGACUCAGCAGCAAGAAGUGCUGCAGCACGACAUGCUGCAGCACGAUCUGUUGCAGCAGAGCCUUCUCCGCGAGAGGCAACAGCUGAUGAUGGGACAGCCGCAGCAAGAGAUGUCGUUGCAGCAGCAGGAACAGCAGCAGCAACUGGCGCAUCUGCGGGAGAGUGAUCUGUUUGGUGAUCGGCAGCUCGAGCAGCUCCAGCAACUGCUACAGGGCCACCAGCAACAGCAGCAACAGAAUAUCAUGGAGAUGCGGCUGCGGCGGCAGCUUGAACGCCAGCAGCAGCAGUCGCAGCAACAGCAGCAGCAGCAUGAACUGCGCCACGAUGCACUGGGCGGACAGGAAGCCGUUGUACAUAGCACAGCUGUUGCAGGAGCAACGGCAACAGCCGCAGCAGCAGCAGCAGCAGGGCGUUCAUACCUCCACAGUCUGGACUUUUUGUCUAGCGAGGAACCACAGCAGGAGCCGGAACUGCCGAUGCAGCAGCAGCAGCAGCAGUUGGGUCCUGUGCAGCACGAGUUGCUGUCCGAGCAGCAGCCUCUUGAACACCCACAGGAUAUCGCUCAGCGCCAGCAGCAGCAGCAGCAGCAGCACCACUCUCAUCCCGCCGUCUACUCGCCCUCUGCAGAUGAUUCACUAGGGCUUAGUACAACAUCAGUACCGGAAGUGGCCUUCAGGGGCAGUUGCAGCAACAACUGCUGCGGCAGUAGCAGUAGCAGCAGCAGCAGCGCCUGCGGCGGCUGCAGCAGCAGCAACUGCAACGGCAGCAGUUGCAAGUUGCUACAAGCCCCUACUGAAGAUUUAGGGGGGUUGCCUUCGUCAAACACCACAAGACAUAAAAAGUGGAACGAGGCGGGCGCAGCAGCAGUAGUGGCAGCAGCAGCAAAUGCUGCUGCAGCCGAAUCGGCUGCGACGCGUUCAUUACCUGCUAUUCCCACGGCGGCCAUUGGCAGCAGCAGCGCAGCAGAAACGGCAGCAGCAACAGCAGCAGCAGCCAUGGCAAUGUCGCCGCUUAGAGUACCGUCUGCUCUCCAUUCUGAUGAUUUGGUGAAGCUGCCUCCUUCGCCUCUUGUUCCUUUGGAAGAGCUGCGACGCCGGCAGCAGCAGCAGCAUUUUGGCUACGACAGUUUUGCUGGUGGAUCGAGUUUCCUCCGCUCUGAAGGUCCUGCUGCUGCUGCUGAGUCUAACACCGUCAGGCGCGUGCGAAGGAACUUCAUAGAUCCUCAACAGCAAAUGCAGCAGCAGAUGCAGCACCAGCAGAUGCAGCACCAGCAGCUGCAACAACAGCAGCAGCAGCGGCUUGAGCUUGAUCCUGCAAGCGGCUUCGACAUUUCCGCACUAUCUCUGAUGGACUUCCCGGAGACCCCUAUGUCCCUUGGACCUAUGACGAUGCCUCCUGCAGCAGCUGGUACUCCAGCAGCUGCAGCAGCAGCGGCAUCCCUGCACGCAGCCCGCGGGUUUGCUGCUGCGGUCGCCACUCCCUCGACGACAUGUUCUGUGGGCUCGUCUUCUAGUUUCUCGUGCCAGUUGCCAGGCAAGCAGCAGUUGCUGCAGCAACAACUGCAGCAACAGCUGCAACAGCAGCUCCAGCAGCAGCAGCAGGGCGACCAGUGGAUGCUGCAGCAGCUAAUCCGCAUGAAGAGAGAAAUCGAAGCCCUCAGGGCCGAACUGCGGCUAAAAGAAGAGGCACCUCGCAGCAGCAGCGCCAGCAGCAACACUGCUGGACUUUCUUCAGAUUUUGAUUCCACUAGAAAUAGGUGCAGCAAUUUCUGCGGCGGCUCCAGCCAGAAUAUCGACGCAUCCGCCGCGUCCGCUGCAAUGCAGCAGCUGUCUGGCAGCAGCAGCAACAGCAACAGCAGUGACCACCGCAAUCGCAUGACAGAUGCUGAAGCUUCCACCCUUUCGCCUGCUGCAUCUGCAGCAGACAUGCCGCCAGUCGGCAAGGGAACUUCCAAGUCUAUACGAGCUAUAACGCUGCAGCGGGGCAACCGCGUUGCCCGGGGCAGCAAUAGCAGCAACAGCAAUGGCGGCAGCAGCAGCAGCAACUUCAGUACAUUGUCGGCUCGAAAUGGCACAAACUUGCUUGGACGCCCUACAGAAGCUUCAAAUGAGACAACUGCGUGUUCCCGCCCGUCUUUGAGGGGCUGGCUGUGA